ACCGGUUACCUCAAACGGAUCGAUUAUUUCAUUUAACGUUAUAUGUAUUUUUCGUGUUCCUUCGUGCUUAUUUUUUCGAUCAUCGAGAAUUUCAUUUUACGAUAAUUUCGUGCGCGAAUUUUACUCGUACUUCUUUCGCGAUGUGUGUUUUUUUUCAUCGAAUACGCGAAUAGUGUUUUACUUCAAAUUUCGAAAAAAAUUUCAAUUUUUUAACGACGACGCGAUGCUAAUUUUAAAUAAAAGUUUCGUAGGUAACGUGAAUUGUGUAUAAUAUUUGUGUUUUUAGUGCGGUUUUAAUUGAAAAUAUUACUCGAAAAAAUGACGAAUAUGGAAUCUCAAGACGUGGAGAAAAAACCGACCACAAAUUUGGGGCGUAAAUUGAGUCGAAGGCUCUCAAUUGUGGCUAAGGUUCCUUGGAUGAUAAAUGCGAAAUUUAAGCAAGAUAUGUUCAACGGUUCGAACGGAUCUGAACAUUUAUCAGGAAUUAAAUCUUUUGAUUUGAUUUGUAUAGCUCCGGAUAAGACUCAACGAGUUUUACCAUGCACAAGAGGUCAGCCUAUCGUUGAAGUGAUAACACCAAUUCUCGAAGAGUUCUCUAUCUCUUUGCCUAAACUUUAUCUAGGAGGUUCUCAAGCUCUGGUCCAGCCCGAAGCAGAUUGUAUCUACUUAUACGAAAAUGUUCUAAUUAUCGAACAUCGAGAAUCAACCUCACAAGUGGACGGUAUCACGAUGAAUUUUUACAAGCUGAUUGAGAAAAUCAUGAAUGAAGAAUCGGAAUUCGUGAAAGUACUCUCAUCGGCGGCCGAACUAUACGAUAAUCCGACUUCCACCGAUACCAACUCCAUUUGUGAAUUAUCCAUUGUCUUUCAAAGUCUAAAUAACCUUUCGGCUGUUUGUAGCGGAGUUGUGAAUGAACUUACGUCUGCCUUGUUCAUGGAGAAUAGUUGGUCUUUGGAUAUUCGUUGCAUUUUCAACGACAAAUUAUGGACAGAGUACGACGAUUAUUUGGAAAAUUACAGAACUUUCAAGAGGAUAAUCCGACAGAAGAAAUCUGAAGACGAGAAUUUUGUAAAUAUAUGUCGAUUACGACAAGGUGCAGCCAAGUAUUCGCUGGAACAAAUCGUCGAUUUUCCGGUGCAACGUUUAUCGGAAUACGAACGAUAUUUCGAGAGUUUACUGAAUGAAUCGAGACUAGACCAGUGCAACGUUGAAGAAGUCAAUAAAGCUAAAGCGAAAUGCAAACAGGCGACGAAGAGAGGACAACGGGAAAGCGAUUUGGAGCGUAUACAAGAUCUUUUCCCUAAUGACUGUCUGAGAUUAUACGACACAGAAGCUCUAACAAUGAAGGUCAAAGGCCUGAUGAGAAAAAGAUCCGGAGCUGCUGCCAGACUUCAGAGAGCACUUUCCACCAAAUCAUUACGAUCGGAGUCGCCUCCUUCGCAUAAAACACCUCUGAACGGAUCCGAACAGAGAACUUUCUUGAUGGAAGCUCCAGUUCAGUUCUCCAGUGGUGUGCAAAGCCAAGACCGUCACCUGUUUCUGUUCAAUGACCUGCUUUUAAUAGCGAAAGCACGCUCUGGCGGUAAUUUCAAAUUAAAGGAAAAAGUCAGAAUAUCAGAAAUAUGGCUAACGAAAUGCUGUCUGGACGAUGUCAGUGAACUGAACAAAUCCGAAGAUACGUCUUUUGUUAUGGGAUGGCCUACUACCAACCUUGUAGUUACCUUCAGCACUCAAGCGGCUAGAGAUCUUUGGUGGAAUAAGUUACUGGAAGUGUUUCGAACGGAAAACGAAAAAGAGCCAUGUUCUACGAAUGUCCAAGUUAUGUACUACGAUUCCAGCACCAAUAUCGAAUACUGCAAAACAUUCAGCGUUGGUCCGGAAGAAACUGCUCGUGAUUGUAUUAAAUUAGCUCUGGAACAUUUAGAAAUGAGACACCUGGAUUCUAAUCAAUUUCAACUUUGGGCCAAGACUGCUCGCGACGAAGCGCCAUAUCCUUUGAUCGGUCACGAACGUCCGUUUGCCAUAAAAUUAAGCUGUUUAAGAGAUAGUCUAAGUUCCGAAGAUGGAUUCGAUCUGGAUCAUUGUAAUAAUAUACACGAUCCGGUGGCCAGGUGUCAUUUUAUAUUAAGAAAUUCAGCUAAAAAUCCAGUCCUAGAGAAUAAAAAGAAUAACAAAAAAUCUAGUACCAAAACGAUGAAAAUAGGCCAUGUUUUUCGUAGAAGUUUAAGCAAAGACCAGUCAGCGUGUUUAUUUGGAAUCCCAUUGUGUAAAUUAACCGACGGUGAAGUCCUACCUAAACCUAUUAUGAGUAUGUUGUAUCAAGUGUUCGCCAAAGGACCUUUUAUGCAAGGUAUAUUCAGAAAAUCAGCCAACGCUCGUCUAGUACGCGAACUUCGAGAUAAACUCGAUACCGGAGAAGAGGUUACCUGGGAACAUGUACCAGUUCUAGUGACGGCAGCUUUGCUCAAAGAUUUUUUACGCUCGUUACCCGAGCCUUUGCUGACGACCGCUUUGUACCCGCAAUGGAGAUCCGCUUUAGAAGCGCCUAAUUUGAAUACGAAAUUAUAUAGAAUGAAAGGAGUAUUGGGCCAAUUACCGAAACCGAAUCACUUACUUCUGAUACACUUCCUGUGCGUACUUUACCAUAUCGCCAGAAGAUCGUGUCAUACAUUGAUGUCUGCGGCCAAUCUAGGCGUCUGCGUGGGACCCUCGUUACUCUGGUCCGAUUGUCCCAAUGUCGGCGAUGAUCUACGUGUCGUGCCAGCUGUAGUCGAAUGCUUGAUCACCCAUUGCGAAUUCUUAUGCGGAUCUCAUGUACCUAGUCUUCUGGGAGACUUGCGUGAUUCGGGUACCGAAGAAUCUGAUUCAAUGAAAAGGGAUGAUUCAUCGAUAGAUAGUUUGGAAUGUAGUCCACCUCCGAGAAAAGAUAAAAUGUCACUGAGUCGAGAUUCUGGACUGACGAUGUCCGAUUCGCAGCUUUACACUCCUGACGAAGAAGAAAGCGGGUCGACUAGCUCGAGUGGUUAUGAUCCGGCUUUUGAAUCUCAUGCGAAGGUUUCGCCUUCUAUAUCAAUGCCAACCAAUUACGUUCGCGUUUAUGGAGGUUGGGAAGAAAGACUGAAUCCGAAUUAUUUCCAAAGGCAGGCCUGGUUCAGGCAACGGUCGCGUAGAAUGAACUCCUCAUCGACGCAGACCAAAAACGACGUCAGAAGGAGUGCUUCUGAGGAGAGCCUGCUCGAUAGUACGGCUCCUCCGCCGACUCCUCCGAGACGUAAAGUCCACGAGUACGAGCAAACUCCGGCGUAUCCUCGUAAAAGCUCCGUCGUGUCGAGAAGAAUUGACGUAUCGCAAAAUUCAUCCGAAGCUGAUAGUAAAGCCAGCUCCACAGAUAACGACACGUCUUCUUCGUCUUACGCCAUCGUCAGUUAUAAUAAUAAUAGAAAAGAAUCAAAUAGUUCUGCAGUUCCUAUGCUGGAAAGACGUUUCAUACCUUCAGCGACGUCGUCGGCGCCUCCAUUGAUGGUGAAAUGCGACACGAGCGUUAAUUCGUCGCCGCACCAGAGAUCGAUCGAGAAUCACUAUUCGAAUAUCUGCGUGAAUUCGACGUCGACGCCUUCGUCUCAGACGCGAUCAGUCGAAGAGAAACCAUCGACCCCGUUCGGAACGGGAGACUACUACUACGCUGUCCGAGAACAAAUCGAAGAAGUUAAAAAUUCAGAGUGCGAAGACUCGAGUACUCUGAGCGACGAAGACUGCACACCUCACGUAUCUCGAUCGAAUUCUCGAGGCAAUGAAGUGGUUACCAAAUUACGCUAUUCGCCGGCCGCCGUACAUUCGGAAACGUGCGUCGUACGAGGCAGGCUGAAAAAGAAAGAAGAUCGAGCUGCUCAUCGUAGCCGAUCAUUACCACCCCCACCGCCAUAUCGUCCCCCACCACCUGCAACUAGUCGUAGAGCACCCAUUACAUCAUAUUAUUUAGGAGAUUGUAAUCAAAUCCAAAAGUACGUUAUUACUCGAACAUAUAUGGAUGAAGAAUCCUACGUAUAAGUUGAGCUUUAGUAUUUUACUUAGUUAGGCUAAAAGUACACCAAAGUACGAAAAAAGGUCGCCAACCUGAGUCUUCAUAAUAAUAUAGGGCUUCCAUAUGGAAAAGGAUUUCAAUACGCCUGGUUUAGGUACGUUUUGUAUUUGUAAAUUCCACUCUUGUUUUUCUUCUAUGUCAUUUCGUCGUAUCGGUGAUUUUUUUCUUAAACACUUCCAGUGCAUGCCCUAUUUUAUUUCCAGGUUGUGAAGUAGGUUUUUUUAAAAGUGAGUUGCCCUUUUUUUGGUGUACUUUGUAUCGAUAUGUACUGAUAUAAGUUACCGGUUAUUAUAAAAAAAUUUUGUUUCUUUUUUCAAAUGUAAAUUAAUGUAUUUCUCUUUUUUUUGUGUGUGUGUAUUUCGUUGACCAUUAUGUUUUUUUUUCAUUAUUUUUUAAAUUAGAGGACUUCGCGUUGUAUUUAUUUUGAGUACUAUUUUUUAGUUGAAAUUUGUUUUAUCGCCUUUCGUUCAAAGAUUUAAUUUUUUUACGAAGUUUUUAAUACCUAGAUAUUCAAAAUAAUUGUAAUUUUUCAAAUCCGCAGAGCAUUUUCGUUACAUUAUCGAAGCUGAUAGAGUAUCGGAAAAUUUGCUUCGUUGAUUUUGAAUAAUUUUUAUUGGAACAAUUUUGUGAACGUUUUUUUCCCUUACUUUUUAUCGUUUUUAACAGCACUCGAAUCAGACGAGUACUUUUUCAGUGAUUUUUUAUAAAUUUGAAUUUUUUAUUUUCCAAUUUAUUUAUUCGUUCGGUUCGAUGUUUUAUUUUUUUCUGUUUGAAAUCGAAUCAGAAUUUCAGUUUUGUAACCAAAUUACAAAAUUAUGAUCGUUGACAAGUAGUUUCGAAAUAGCGAGUAUAAUUUUUUAUAGAAUCGUCGAUGUUGUUUUUGUUUUGUUUUUAUUGUUACGAUUAGGUAUCGUAUGAUGAACUAACGAAUAUGAUAUAUAGAUUAUUCUAUCGCUAGGUAUUGUACGAAUAAAAUGAAGUUUUUAAGCCAGUUUUUUCUUUUCUUUUUUUGAUAGCAAUACUUGUUCAUUUAUUUUUGUAUACUUUAUAUAAGUUUUUAUAUCUUGUACAUAAUUUAUUACCAAAUAUAAUAAAGUUGUUUUCAUUUUUAAAA